ACAGCACUCCACGUUCCUUGACUACCUUCCACAAGUCGUUUUUACAACUAAAUCCUUCACACCGCCAAAUUUCGGUGUGCACCUAAGUUCCAGUUAAUUCUCAUAGAACGCCGCUUCUCCGUGUCACGGUUCCUCGACGACAUUAAUGUCCUUGGUUUUCUUGUUCUGUGUUUAUCCUUUUGCAAAUUUGUAAUUUUUGCAUUACUCUGUGUGAGUGAUCUCCUUAUGGAACAAGUGUUUCCACCUUAUCAUGUUUUUAUUAAUCACAGAGGACCUGACGUCAAGAAAACGCUUGCCAGUCUCAUCUUUCACGCUCUCGAUACGCAUGGAUUGAGGGUGUUUCUCGAUGAAGAAGAAUUGCAAGUGGGCGAUUCUUUAACCCCUGCAUUCCGAUCUGCCAUUCGUAGUGCCGUUGUUCACAUUGCUAUUUUCUCCAAAGCAUAUGCACAAUCCCCUUGGUGCUUGGAUGAGCUGUUGUGGAUGCUUGGUUCUGAUUAUACUUCUGCUAAGAUUAUCCCCAUCUUCUAUGACAUCGAACCUUCUGAACUUCGCCAUGUUGAGAAUGGAGCAUAUGCCACAGCCUUUGAGGAGCAUAGAAAGAAACAAAGAUAUACCGAUGAUCGAGUUGAAAGCUGGAUAAACGCCCUAAAAAAAGUCUCUACUAUUUCUGGCGUAGUAUUCAGGACGGAGAAAGAUGACCAUGGAAAGCGUCUGAAAGAAAUCGUAGAAAUUGUAUUACAAAAGGUGGGAAGGGAAAAACUGCAUGUGUGUGAGUACCCUGUGGGACUCCGUGAAGCAGCAGAGCAUUUCGAAAAGGAGGUUUUCAGUCCAAGUGAAAUAAAAGGCAUCCACGUUGUGGGGAUUUUGGGGCCUGGCGGAUCGGGGAAGUCAACUCUGGCUACUUAUCUCUACAACUCCAUGUGUUCCCGAUUCAAGAGAUGUUCUUUCUUACCAGACGUGAGUAAAAGAGAUUUACCCUCUCUGCAGCAAACUCUGCUUAGAGAUCUGCUGCGUGAUCAGAAUUUGCGUAUUGAGGAUACGCGUAGAGGUAGGACCUUCCUUCAAGAUCGUCUGCGAGGGUUGACAGGCGUUUUCAUAGUUUUUGAUGAUAUAGAUAGUACAAAUCAAAUAGAGAAUUUGUUAUUUGUAAAGGAUGUUGUGGGAAAUGGCAGUCUGAUUUUGGUGGCAUGUAGAGACCAAUCUUUGCUUGACAGUUCUCAAAUAGAAAUCUACAAUGUCAAAUUAUUAGAUACAAAACAUGCCCAAGAGCUAUUCAAUUGGCACGCCUUCGGCCAUAUCAAACCUUUGGACAAAUUGCAAGAUAUGGUAGAAGAGUUGAUUCGAAUGUGUGGCGGUUUUCCUUUGGCUUUGAAAGUUUUAGCGGGGCAGCUCCACAAUGAACGUGAUCCAAGAAAGUGGAAGCAGCGAUUGGAAAGCCUCAGUAAACAAAUGCCGGAGGACAUCUUAAAGGGGAUAGUAAAGCAUAGCUAUGAAUCUCUUUCUAUGAGAGAGAAAGAGUCCUUUCUAGACAUUGCCCAUUUCUUAAUGGGGGAAGACACAGAUCUGGUGGAGAGGAUUUUGGAUGGAUUGAAUGAUAACGGCUUUCAAUGCCUUCAGAGGCUCCGUCAUAAAUGCCUCCUGGAGUUUGAAUUUGGAGAUAUAAUUCGUCGAAGAGCACUACAGGGUGAAAGCGAGAAUUGGAGCAUAGAUGUUUGGAGAAGAGCGAAAGGGAGAUUCAAAAUAAGAAUGCACGAUUUAGUGAGGGACUUGGCAAGACAAAUAGGAAGACAGGAGUUACCCCUUCGCCUUUGUUGCUCACACGAUAAAUUGAUCUCCACACGGGAUUUUGCUUACCAUUACUCUGUGCAAAAGUAUGAUGUACGAGGAAUUCGAAAAGACGAAGACAAUGAGUUGCCAGUAUUUUUGCAAAAUCAAGAUAUAUGUGGGUUAAAACUUCUGGCGGUUCAAAAUUCCACUCAUCUACAGCAAUUCAACAGUGUAUCUGGAGAUUUGAUAUGGCUUCGCUUACGUCUCUACAAGGACUCUUCAAAUCCUUCUGCCCUCUUACAGAGACGUUUAAGCAAUCUCAUCCCUUCUACUCAUUUACAGACAAGUUUAAGAGGUGUAAGCAAUCUCAUUCCCUCUUCUCUCUUACAGAGACUCGGUUUAAAUAAUCAAAUUCAUUCUUCUCUCUUGCUGAGAAGUUUAAGAGUUUUGGAAGUUUUUGGUGUCAACCCUCAAGAUUUCUGCACCUUGUUUGACGAUCAUGAGCCUCCUUCGCAGCUACGUGCACUGGAAGUCGCAUGCAAUAGAGAAUUUGGAAGCGCAAGCACAAGCACAGCUGGACCUUCAACAGUCGUUUCCACAAAACAUGCUUCAACUUCAGAGACUUCACAUUCAUUGCAGCGUCCAACAAAUACUGGACAGUGGUUUCAGGCGUGGUUAGGAAAGCUGAAUUUCAAGAACUUGGGUAAGAUGGUUUUACGAAAUAUUCCAGGCCUGAAAACUCUCCCAAUUAAGUUUGAGGAAGUUAGAAACCUGAGACAUGUAGAUCUAUCUGGCUGCACGGAUUUGGAGGUCUUGCCAGAUUCUUUUACCGAAGAAUUAUUGCAACUUGAAUAUUUAGCAUUGCGUGAUUGCAGGAAUCUAGUUUUCCAGGAUUUGGGAAAAAUCUCCACGCUUGAGUACCUCGACUUUCAGGGUUGCUCAAUGUUAAAAGAAUUGCCUAAAGGAACUGAGGUUCAAAAGUCUUUAAAGAAUUUAAAUGUCGUCCAUACUGAGCUGAGUGAAUUGCCUCAGGGUCUAGAACAGCUGGAAGAUCUAGAAGAACUCCAUAUAGGGAGCUCAGGAUUGACAGAGCUGCCAUCUUCUCUAUAUAAUUUGAGCAGAUUAACAGACUUGACUCUGAUAGAAUGCACUAAUCUAAUUUUUAUUGACAACUCUAUUCAGAAGUUGGUACAUUUAGAGAGUUUUAGAGUAUAUAAAUGUCGAAUCAGAGCAUUGCCAGAAACAAUUGCAUGGAUGAAUAUGAAAAUAUUAUAUGUUCAAGAGUGUCCACUUGAUUUGGAGCAGUUGCUGACAGGAGUGGAAUCGGGAAAAAUGUCACUGGAUAGUUCUCAGGCGGAGAGAAGUAUUGGGCAGAGUGCUCACCCAAAUCGCUCAGGUUGUUUAACAGAUUUAAUCGUAAGAGACAGCCACAUUUUACAGAUACAUAUUCCUCGGGCCGAAAGUCUUUUUCCAAAACUUGAAAUUGUUGAUCUGUCUGGCAAUCGUCGUUUGACAAAGAUCGGAAGCUUACCAGGCAACUUGAUAAGUCUGAACCUGACCAACUGUUCAAAGCUGCGAACACUGGCAUGCUUCUCUAACAUGGCAAGACUUAAAGUUCUUGAUAUCAGCGGCUGUGAUGAACUACAAACACUUAAUGUGGAAGGUCUGAGUUCAAUAGAAGUAAUUAAAGCCAAUGGGUGUUGGAAGCUGCAGAAAAUUCAGGGUCUGAACCUGUUGGAAAAGUUGUCUUGUUUACAGAUCUCCUCCAUUCUUACCGCGUACGCGUUAUCUAUGGCACGGCUUCUGGAAUUUGAAAGCUGGUCUGGAGCUCUACAUAGUGGAUCAAAUCAUCCUUGUAGAAUUUGCAACAAUAAUUUGAACUUUCGUGUUUUGAAGGAGUUAGAGAACUGCACGGAGGCUUCGAUCGAAAUAGAGGAAUGUCACUUUACUGAUGUGAACCUGGAGAGUGCAAUUUUGCUAUACCUUCAUACAGAGCCCAUGUGCAAGGUUGAAGUGGCAUUCCGUGGUCAUACUUGCACCACCGACUCUUCUACUUCGAAUGAUUCAGUACAUCUACUGAUGUUGACAAAAGAUUCAGAUCUGUUUAAGGAAUUUAAAUUCUCCAAAGAUCAGGCAAUGCAUUUCAACAUUAAUGUACUCAAUUCAAACCCAUCGUUGAACUCGCGACUGCGAAAAGGAUGGAUAGGAGAAGCCAAAACUGUGUUAGAAAUGAGCUCGUUUCUCUCUAAGGCCUUCCACAGUUGUCCUGUCAAAUCCUGUGCACAUCAAAAUCAAUGCAAAAAACCGAUCUACUGAUUUGUGUAUAAGUAAUAAUACUAAAGGAGUUAUUGAACAGUUUAGACAAUGAAGUUUUCGGACUCUUUAAUAUUUAUACAGAUAUUAUUUCAUAAUUGUAUAUGUAUGCAGCUCUACAAGUUCCAUAGCUUUAAUUGUUAUUCUUUUUCUCGCUGUAUAUUAAAAUUAUAUACAUGAUUUGCAGUCUAA